CCACGUUCGCGAUGGUGGGUAGCAGCAGCAAGGUGGCCCUGGCAGGGGAGGGGUUGGUCUCGAGAUUGGGCACCGGGCGGAGAAUGUCUCCUUUUCAACUUUGUCUGUGUGGCUUGAACCCCGGGAGGAGGCCACACGCCGGUUGUGGGUGUAGAGUGAUUUCUAAGUAGUUGAGUUGUUGAGAUGAGGGUAAGGACUGCUAAAUGGUAGGCAGGUUUUGUUUUCAUUGGUGAAUCCGGUGUCAUCAUAUUCCGGUCAUAUGUUGAAAUAUUCUUUGUUUAGGUCUUGAAGUAGAGGAUCUCACACUGCACGUCCACAUUGUGUUGUUUUUAAAUGAAGUCUAGGAGUAUGGGUUUCUAGAAUUUCGGAUGUGAGUGAAGGUCCGGACGUGUGUGGGCCUCAGCUCUGGCCUUGACAGUGAACUUUGUGGCUGUGUUUCGGAUUUCAAAGAUUUGCCCCAUAGCUGGGUUGCUAGUGGAGUCGUGCAUUUUUCUGAAUGGUAGGUGUCAGGAAUAUAGAUGCUUGGGGAAGUUAGAGAGGGAAGAACAUUUGUAUAUUAAUAAUUGAUAGCUGAAUAUUAGAAUCAGAUUAAUUUGGGCUGAUGAAAGUUGUGUUUUUUUUUUUUCAAAACAGUUGUGCACUCUAGGAAGAAAGGCUUUUCAUAGGCAUACUUUGUAAGGGGUUCCUUAAGUCGAGGAGCUCAGAUAUAGCCUUUCAGAGAGGCUACUCAUCAACACCAACAUCUGCAGCUUUAUUGAGGUAAAGGGGACCGAAACUGAGGCUGAGAUGUGUAAGCAUGCUUUUCAGUGCUUAUGCUGUUUGUUUACAUUUGCUGUUCACUCACGUUUGGGCAGUAGAAAUAAAUAGGUCAGCUUUUCUUCGGUUUUUGAAAGCUAGUCCCCUCUCUUUUUUCAGUUUCACAAUUUACUUGGUUUACAGCCUUGUAGGAAACCAUUACUACAUUUUUACUGGAAAUACUAUUAUUCAUGUUAAUUUCGGUGAGGAAAUGGAGGUUUCCCUAGGAUCACAUAGGUAGCAAAUGGUACAACCUGGAUUCAAGCCCAGUCCCACUAAAAGUUUAUGGCAAAAGAGUAAAUGUAGAACAAUUUAACUGGAGAGUCUCCUCCCCCAUGCCAAGCAACUGAUGAGACCAGUGCCAAGAUACUGAGGCAGUUUAUACUUAGUAGGGUCACUUAGCAUCUAGUCAGCUGGUCAGACACUGGGUCUGACAAAUUGUGCAUGCUUAAUCCUGAAUGUGUACACGAAAGGGGGCUGGAGAGCUGAGGGAGAGCCAGUUUCCCCAAAAUUGGACUUCUCAGAACCUUUAAUAUGCUAAUGUGCAUUGUGAAUCUCCAAGAGGGGGAUAUGAUAUGCAGCAUUCUUGAAUACUUCUAAUGACAGGGAGCCCACUACCUCAUAAGCUGCAGCAAGAAGAGUUUGUUAUUUUAAACGGAAGCUGAAGAAACUAUAGAAUUAGCAGACAUAAGAGAAAGUGGACAAGGUAGAGAAUGGAGUUGCAAACUCUCCAGGAGGCUCUUAAAGUGGAAAUUCAGGUUCAUCAGAAACUAGUUGCUCAAAUGAAGCAGGAUCCACAGAUAUUUUUUCUUUCCAAUCAGAAUGCUGACUUAAAGAAACAGCUUCAUGAACUCCAAGCCAAAAUCACAGCUUUGAGUGAGAAACAGAAAAGAGUAGUUGAACAGCUACGGAAGAACCUGAUAGUAAAGCAAGAACAACCAGACAAGUUCCAAAUACAGCCAUUGCCACAAUCUGAAAACAAACUACAAACAGCACAGCAGCAACCACUCCAGCAACUACAGCAACAGCAGCAGUAUCACCACCACCACGCCCAGCAGUCAGCUGCACCUUCGCCCACCUUGACCGCUUCACAGAAGACUGUAACUACAGCUUCUAUGAUUACCACAAAGACACUACCUCUCGUCUUGAAAGCAGCAACUGCGACCAUGCCUGCCUCUGUUGUGGGCCAGAGACCUACCAUUGCUAUGGUGACCGCCAUCAACAGUCAGAAGGCUGUGCUCAGCACUGAUGUGCAGAACACACCAGUCAACCUCCAGACGUCUAGUAAGGUCACUGGGCCUGGGGCAGAGGCUGUCCAAAUUGUGGCAAAAAACACAGUCACUCUGCAGGUUCAGGCAACACCUCCUCAGCCCAUCAAAGUUCCACAGUUUAUACCCCCUCCUAGACUCACUCCACGUCCAAACUUUCUUCCACAGGUUCGACCCAAGCCUGUGGCCCAGAAUAACAUUCCUAUCGCCCCAGCGCCUCCUCCCAUGCUUGCAGCUCCUCAACUUAUCCAGAGGCCUGUCAUGCUGACCAAGUUUACCCCCACAACCCUCCCCACGUCCCAGAAUUCCAUCCACCCUGUCCGGGUCGUCAAUGGGCAGACCGCAACCAUAGCCAAAACGUUCCCCAUGGCCCAGCUCACCAGCAUUGUGAUAGCCACUCCAGGGACCAGACUCGCUGGACCUCAAACUGUACAGCUUAGCAAGCCAAGCCUUGAAAAACAGACCGUUAAAUCCCACACAGAAACAGAUGAGAAACAAACAGAAAGCCGUACCAUCACCCCUCCUGCUGCACCCAAACCAAAACGGGAAGAAAACCCACAGAAACUUGCCUUCAUGGUGUCUCUAGGGUUGGUAACACAUGACCAUCUAGAAGAGAUCCAAAGCAAGAGACAAGAGAGAAAAAGAAGAACAACAGCAAAUCCAGUGUAUAGCGGAGCGGUCUUUGAGCCCGAGCGUAAGAAGAGUGCAGUCACCUACCUAAACAGCACAAUGCAUCCGGGGACCCGGAAGAGAGGUCGUCCUCCAAAAUACAAUGCAGUGCUGGGGUUUGGAGCCCUUGCCCCAACAUCCCCCCCAUCCAGUCAUCCCGACUCCCCUGAAAGUGAAAAGACAGAGACCACAUUCACUUUCCCUGCACCUGUGCAGCCUGUGUCCCUGCCCAGCCCCGCCUCCACAGACGGUGAUAUCCACGAGGAUUUUUGCAGCAUUUGCAGAAAAAGUGGCCAGUUGUUGAUGUGUGACACGUGUUCCCGUGUAUAUCAUCUGGACUGCCUCGACCCACCUCUGAAAACCAUCCCCAAGGGCAUGUGGAUCUGUCCCAGAUGUCAGGACCAGAUGCUGAAGAAAGAAGAAGCAAUUCCAUGGCCUGGAACUUUAGCAAUUGUUCAUUCCUAUAUUGCCUACAAAGCAGCUAAAGAAGAAGAGAAACAAAAGUUACUUAAAUGGAGUUCAGAUUUAAAACAAGAGCGAGAACAGUUAGAGCAGAAGGUGAAACAGCUCAGCAGUUCUAUAAGUAAAUGCAUGGAAAUGAAGAACACCAUCCUAGCCCGGCAGAAGGAGAUGCACAGCUCCUUGGAGAAAGUAAAACAGCUAAUCCGCCUCAUCCACGGCAUCGACCUCUCCAAACCUGUAGACUCUGAGGCCACUGUGGGGGCCAUCUCCAAUGGCCCGGACUGCACGCCCCCUGCCAGCGCCACCGCCUCCACACCCGCCCCGUCCCCGUCCUCCCAGAGCUGCACAGCGAACUGUAACCCAGGGGAAGAGACUAAAUAACAGACCCCUCGAGAAGAAGCCACGGGAUCCCGGCGGCAAGGAGAGUGAACGAAACACUGAAGACUCUAGAAAAGCAAAGCCGGAUCGCUUCUGGAAAGUACAGAAUUCUUUUGGUUCUUUGGUUCCAGAGAGAGAGAAGAUGCUUGUGCCAGGUGGCACCCGAGUUUGCCAAUUGAUCCUUCUUAUUCUGUGUGUACAUGCAAAGAUUGGACCAUGUUACAUGAAAUAGUGCCAGCUGGAGGUUCUUUGCCAGCACCAUGCCAAGUGAAAUAAUAUAUUUACUCUCUCUAUUAUACACCAGUGUGUGCCUGCAGCAGCCUCCACAGCCACGAUGGGUUUGUUUUUGUUUUGUUGGGUGGGGAGCAGGGACGGGCGGAGGGAGGAGAGCAGGUUUCAGAUCCUUAUUUGCCGAGCCGUUUGUCUAGGUAGAGAAGACAAGUCCAAAGAGUGUGUGGGCUUUCCUGUUUCUAAACUUUCACUACUAUCAAACCAAAAAAAGGAAAAAAAAGAAAUCGAGAUUUAACCAACCCCAGUGCCCAGAAGAGGGGCAGGGCGGGCCGGGCCGGGGCGGGAUCUUGGGUGGGAAAUAUAUCCCUAAGCAGUAUUCUGUUAUCAGGAGGGGCCAUUUCGAGAGGGACACCGGGAAGGCACCAGCUUCUCCUCCCCAGCUCCACUCUUGCCUGGUGCCCGCCACCUUCCAGGCCUCCCUCCGCCUCCCCUUCUCCCCUUCUUGGUGAGUCACGCACCCCCAGACCGCCAGCCCCUCAGUCCCUGGAAACCGAGGCCAGCAGCCUUGCUGGCCUUGCCUGAGGCAGGGAAGAAGGGUGUGUGUGGUCCAGGAAGGAAAAAAGGUAAAUUGGUAAUUUUACUUGAAAAGAAGCUCCAUCCCUUUUCUAUAUUUAUGAGAAGAGAAGGCCCUGAGCAAAGCAGCGCGUGACCCAGGUGUGUGUGAACUGAAUGGAGAUGCUUCUUUCCCCUUUUUUUUUUUUUCAAUUUUUGUUUUUCUUUUUUUUCUUUAAAGAAAGUUUUAUUUUGUUGUUUAUUUUACUUUUUUGGUAACAAAAACUAAACUAAGGAAUAGAAAAGCUGUUUUCAGGCUGACAGUCCAGUUAAGGGUAGUCAAGACCUUGCAUGGUAGAAUAGGAAUCAUAGUGUCAGUGAGGUCAGUGAGUCUUUGUGAGUCCUGUGUCAUCGUUUGGGCACUGUUUUUUUAUGCAAGGGCAAAAAUCUUUGUAUCUGGGGAAAAACAACAACAACUUUUUUUUAAAUUAAAAAGGAAAAUAAAAGAUACUGAGGUCUUCCUAGUGUUACUUAAAUUAAGAUCAAGGUAAGAAACAUUGUAAAAAAAAAUUACAAAAGUGCUAUUUGUUUCCUAAAAACAGUGAUUUCUAUUAAAAAGGUGUCAGAACUGGAGAAAAUGCCGUGUAGUUAUAAUUUUUUAGCACAGAACCUGCUGAUCCUGAUGACAUUUUGCUGUGUUUGUGUCUCUGAACUAGCGGGCCAGUCCCCAGGAAGGGCCAUGGGCUCCCCGCCCACCCUUCUCACAGAGUGCCCUCUCUUCCUGGUUUAGGGAUCUGUCUCCUGUUUUUGAGUCCAAAUGGAGUGUGCAUGGUAUCAGGGCCCUCCCCGCGGUCUCCUCGGUUUCCGCUAGAGCAAAGGCUGGUGCCUCAAUAAGAUCUUCCUUUGGUGCUGCUCUCUGUCUUUCAGCCACCAGCAUUAUGAGUGCCUGGGGCACCUCUGAGGGGUAGGCCAGCCAGGCCCCUUGCUGCCCCUUGGAGGGUGUGGUGCAGGCUAGCUGCAUCAGCCCUUGGUGCUUGGAGAGAACAGAGGAGGAGGGAGGCGCUUGAGGGGACGUUUGUCUCUGAGACAGAGCUGGAUGGCCUUGAGACUGUCUUGCUUUGGAGAGAGGUCGGAGGCUCCACCAUGUUCUCUGCCUGCUGGCUCCGGGCACCGCCCACUCGCAGCUUCCUGGGCAACCAUAAGCUAGAAUUGCUGUGCUUGCCUUGGCUUGGCCUGUUGUGUCCUUUCCUUGUUGGGAAAACCAGGUUCUGAAAAGCUCAGAACGUCUCUCUAUCAUGCCGUGUGAGAAGUAAGUCCUGUCAGACGCAUGUUCUUGCUGCAACUCUUUGUCCAUUGCGUGUCCCUGGCUGAAGGGACGGAAGCAGAAGCUCUGCCUGUGGCCCCGCUGCAGCAUCUCUUCUCAAGCCCACCCCAGGCCCCGUGAUGGCCAGAGUCUACGUGAGGCAGAAAAGGCCCCUUAGCUCCUCUCUCUCCCAUUUAGGCCCAGAGAGACAAAGACAGAUUCUGAAACAAGAGCAGCAGAGAAGGGGUGCUUUGUAGAGUAAACACGCUCAUCCUUGCCAGGUGUGGAAAGAAGGUUUGGGUUUGGCCGCACAGGCCUCAGGCAGGUCCUGGCUGCCAGGGUGGUUGAGGGGAACAGAGGAGCCCCCUCUUCUCAUUCAGAAACUGAGGUGCUAUGUCUAGUCAGGGAGCCUUGGAGAUGCCUGGACUAGUUGGGACAAUCAUUGGCAGCGGAUCAGAGGCCAGCAGAGGCUGAACGCCUGUCUCAGAGCGCUCUGCAGAUGUGUCUGGACCAAUAGGCUGGGGCUUGCCACACAGUGCCUGUCCUUCCAGGAAAGGAGCCUCUUCUCCAAGAGGAGGCACGGGCUGUGGACCAGGCCAGAAAGUGACCAGUUUUGCCUGCUUCUUUGAGCACUGACCUCUACCUUCUGACCUCACCUAAAGUCAAGGAACAGAUUUUCCCUAAAGUUCAGACGCAAGCUAUUGCGGAGUACAAAUUGCAGCCCUGCCCCAAGCCUCCAUCCUGGGCUCAGAUUCUAAGAUACCACCACACUGUCACGCAAGGGCCCCGGCCAUGCCAUCUCCUGUCCUGCACUGGCCUGCCAUGCUAGGAGCUCAGCUCUGUCCCAUCAGACCUGUGGGUGCCUAUGAACCCCUGGGACACAUGCCCACGAUACUGCCCCACCUGAGCUGCCUCCUCCUCUUCCUCCUUUCCUUCUCUUGCUCUGACACCCACAAAUGUAAGACAGGCUGGGUCUGUUGUCAUUUCGGGGGCCCUGGACUGCGAAUCCCCUUUUUGCCCCAGGUCAAGCGCAGCCCUGCUUGGGGGCUGGGAAGUGUGCCUACCUGUGUCAUCUGCACAUUUGUGUUCUUGCUGCCUGCCUGCCUGCAGGUCCUUCCACUUCCUCUGCCAUGAACUGAGAGUCCCCAUGUCCUCACUGAGCAGCCACAGCCCAGGUGCUGGGGGUGCUGUAAGGUCAUGCUGCUGUCAUUCCAACUUUUUAUUCCAAGGAGCCUGCCGGGUCUUGCCUCACCCCUCCACCUCCACCCCACUAAGCUCAUCUGAUUCUGAUUUCCCUCUUACCAGGCCCUUGGGGGCAUGCCUGUCUGGGUACCUGACCAGGACCCAGUGAGAGGCAGUCCCUGGCGGGCCUUCUCUGUGUGGGGCGUCUCUAGUGCCCGCUACCAGGGUUGGAGAGCCUCCCACUGGCCGCCUCUGUCCCUGUUGCUGCUUGGCUCAGGUCCAGGGGCACUGUGAAUGGGUGCGCUUGGGGCUCAGCCCUGGCCCCCAUCUGUGGGUACAGCUGCCUGUCUGCCACCUCUGGCACUCUUGGGGCUGUCAGAGCCUCCUUGGGCUCUCAGCACCACCCUAGCUCACACACUCAACAUCAUCUCUUCCCUUUACUCCCUUCUUAGAUGUGGUCCUUACUUACCUAAAGGGCUGAAUUUAGGAGACUUUCACUGCAAGGGCAGGAGGUGCUUAGGGUAGCAGGACCAAUGGUGGCCCAGGGACAUCUUCCAGGCCCUGGGCGCUCCAGAUCCCAUAGCUUUUGUUGGAUGGAGGCGACUUUGCUCUGUGUAAAUGACUGGGACCUUGCCCCACCCCUCAGCAGGGCACCCUGGCAGGAAACAGGAGUCCCAGUCUCACCCUGACUUCAAUCUCCCCCGUGUCACCUCCUCUCCCAGGGAGUUGGUGGCCCCUGGCGAACUCUUCUGGCCUUCCCACUAGAGUGGGAGUCCGCCGAGAGCCAGGGCUCUCACAAGAAACUCUUGGCAGGGAGGCAGGGCUCGAAGUCCCACAGGCACGCCCUCCUGAGACUUCCCCCCAGGGCUGCGCCCUCCCCCGGGGCCAUGCCCCACACCUCUCUCCAGGGUCCUGGCUCCCAGCCCAGGGUGAGUCACAGUCAGGUGGGCCAGACGAGCAGGCCAGAGGUCAGCAAGCUCCAAGCGCAGGAGAGCCAGCCAGACCCCAAUCCUGUCUCUUGUCCAUGCCCUUUGUGAUUUCAGUCUUGGUAGAACUUGUAUUUGGAGUUUUGUGCUUCAAAGUUUUUGUUUUUGUUUGGUUUUUAUUUUGAGGGGGUGGGGGGGAUACAGAGCAGCUGAUCAAUUUGUAUUUAUUUAUUUUAACAUUUUACUAAAUAAAGCCAAAUAAAGUC